GUGCCCCAUGCGAGUUUUUUGCUGGGCCGUACGUCGGUGGAGCUACCGCUUUGGAGGGGAUGCAAAAUGGGAAUUGGUCUGUACUUGUGUCUGAACUCCCGAUGGCUCCAUCCCUACCGUGUGUGGCGGCGUUUCUAACCCUAGGAGGGACUCCCGCAGCUGACGGCUCGCUUCAGCGCUCCCCUCCCCGGCAUGCCGGCAGCAGGUGUUGGCCUGCCGCGCUGGGGAUUCUGAAGUAGCAGCGGUCACCCUGUGGCAUGGAGCUUAAUUAAGGCCGUCCAUGAAUGAACCUAUACGGCCGUGUACAAACUCCGUCGACCGCCGUCCGUUGGUGUUCCUUGAAGGCUCCAAGGCUGUCUACCGGUCCAUGUGCAGCAUGUAUCCAUUGUCUUGAUCUGGAGUCCUCGCCAACUGAGAGGCUGCAGCCCAACCUUUUCCUUUCACGAUCCAGCCAUGAUCAAGCCACAAUGAGGUCAGUGAUGUUCCCCAACCUCCACAUCUUGCUAUAUCGGAACCUGCAAAAAAGUGCUAGCCAGGUGGAUAUGGUUCGACACUCUCAUGGUUGCAUUACCACUAAGGAGCUGGGAACUGUCAUGCGUUCCCUGGGUCAAAAUCCUACUGAGCCAGAGCUUCAAGGCAUGAUCAAUGAGUCUGCAACAAAACAGAUACGUCCGGGCUCACGUCAUGCUCGACAAGUCUUCAGAUCUUUGAACCCUCCCCUUGAUGGUGAUGUGAAAAUAAAUGUUGAUGUAGCUCUGGCUCGCUAUGACGACCAUGGGGUGGUAGCUGCAAUUUGCCGUAGAUCGGAUGGUGUUUAUUUGGGUUCAUUAGCUCUUGAUUGCCCUGGUUUUUCAGAGCCAGCCAUAUUGGAAACAAUUGCUUAUAAGGAAGGCCUUGCCCCCGAUCUCCAAGAAACAAGAUGUGUCAUAACUUCAGAUUGCCAAGAGGUUAUCACAGCGAAGAAGCAUGACUGCCAUCCUGCAUGAAACAAAAUUCUGGAGUGAAGCUUUUAUUGAUGUCAUUCAUGAAAAUACAGUUUCUUUAGAAUGCAACUAUGUGUUUCUUUUAACUAAAGGAAACAAGAAGUCCACCUAUAGAAUACUAUGUCUAUGUUUUGUUCAAAGAAAUUAGGGCAGCUUGAUAUGUCAUAAUCCUAUGCUUCUCCUGAUUUUCACUUCCUUA